UGGGUGGGGUUAAGUCUGUCUGGUGUGGUGGGAGGGGUUGGGUGUGGAAUAAUAGAAUAUUAUUGUACAAGGACAAACUGGGCAUGACACACAUGUUCUACAUUAAUGGCAGCUUAAACCUAGUGUUACAUUACAGAGGGAUGUAAAUAUGUUCCUAAAUAACCCCAGACAAGAAAAAAUAUGUGCAGUUUUCUCUGUGUGGCAUUAGUAUUCUAUAGGAACUAGGCAGAAUAGAUGGUACUUUGAGGUUUUGUGUAGAUUAUCGCAAAUUUAACAGCAUAACCCGCAAAGAUGCCUUCCCUCUGCCCCGCACAGAAGAGUCUCUCACAAUGCUUUCAAAAGCAAAGUUAUUUUUCACUCUUGACCUCGCCAGUGGAUACAGUGCACCCCAGUAAUCAAAUAUCUUCAUGGAACAGGCCUCCGGUGUCCUUUUGAAAAGGGAAGUAAGGUGAGUUUUCACAAUACAAAAUAUGAAUUUGCUGAAUAUAAAAUGGGACAACUCCCUCGAACACACACAGAAUCCAGCUUCGAAGUGAGCAAGAACUGCUGUCGCAUUUUUUCCUUUCUUGAUCUGAGAAUAGGUGCAGCCCACAUCUCGUCCAUAGCUAACAUGAUCCAAAUGCUGGGCUUCGCCAUGAUUGCAGGACUGCUCUUCAGCUCUGGUGCGCCUUUUAAAUUGGAUCUUGUUGAGCCUGAAGACAUCAGUAAACCAAGCCAGCCUGUUGAGAAUAUUAAGCCAAUCAUCAGUGCACCGUGCCAUCCUAUUCAGAAUAUUAAUUCAACAGCUCCCUGCUACUACCCUGUUCACAUUCAGUGCUGGACAGACUGGUUUGACAGGGACGACCCCACUGGGAACGGAGACUUUGAGACCCUGGUGGAUCUACGCUCUGAGUACCCUGGAAAGAUCUGUCCCAGUCCUGUACAGAUUGAGGUCACCACCAUCAGUGGAGUGAGUCACACUGCAACAGGGAAUGUAUUUGCCGCGGUUGACACGACCACAGGCUUUGUCUGUAACAACGCCGACCAGCCACCCAAAACAUGCUGUGAGGACUACCGUGUUCGCUUCAGCUGCCAUCCACCAUUUUGUGGACUAGGAGUGUGCUGGAGCAAGUGGUACGAUCGUGACAACCCUGGUGGGACAGGGGACUGGGAGCUCCUCAGUAACCUGCAGGAGGCCUACCCUGGGUCCAUCUGUGCUCAUCCCCUCUACAUAGAGAGCGUCACCGUGGACACCAAUACACCUGCCAUCAGUACUGGGCAAAAUUUCUAUAUCUACAAUCCGACCCAAGGCGUCGUCUGUCGCAACGAAGACCAGGAAGUUGGUUUCUGUCGUGAUUACAAAGUGAGGUUUGGGUGCCCAUGCUGCGAUCCCAUUCUUCAUCGAUAAGGUUCAUUGUUUCACAAAAAUGUAUCAGUAAAUGAAGAUUUGCAUGAACUGAGUACGUCUUUUUCUUUUAUUAGUUAUAGAACAAUGGAAAUAGGCAAUCUUCAAAUCUUCUGGGCCUCAUGUAUAAACGUUGCGUACGCAAGAAAUGCUUGCGUAUGCUGGUUUUCACGCACGCGGUGAUGUAUACAAAUUAAGUUGACAUUAGAAUG